GAUGGCAAACCUAUCUUGCAUCAUGAUAAGGUUGCUGAUCUGCUCGACGCAAUUCUGUUACCAGCUGCAAUUGCUGUAUGUAAGUGUCCCGCACACACUGGGGGCACUGAUCCCAUCUCUGCUGGAAACAUACGCGCUGAUGCUGCUGCGAAGGCAGCUGCCCGACUUCCCCUUCCCUUUGUUCCCUGCCUCUUAUCCUCCACCUCUACCCAACCUCCCUCUCCUCCCUCUGCUCUCCCGGAUCUUCAGACGUUCUCUACCCCACAGGAACGCAAGCUCUGGCUGACGAAUGGCGCCACCAGUAGCCAUGGCGUUUGGUAUGGGCCCGACGGCAAACCUUGCCUGCCGAAACACUUUUUCCCUCAUUUCGCGAAGUUGACACAUGGAUUAGACCAUGUAUCAAAGGGGGGAAUGUUAGAUGCUCUCACAAAACAUUGGUACACUAAGGGCUUUUCAAUCUAUGCACAAAAAUACUGUGAAGCAUGUAUGACAUGCGCCCAACACAACCCAGGUAAGACGACUGCCAAACCACUGGCAGCUCAUCCACCACCGGAACAGGCAUUUGACCAUUUAAUGCUGGACUUCAUCGAACUAACGCCAGCAGAAGGUAAAAAGUAUUGUUUAGUGAUUGUUGAUAUGUGGUCAAAAUGGGUGGAGGCCUUCCCAGCUAAACAUGCUAACAGCCAUGCAGUUACCAAAGCCUUGCUGACAGAAAUAAUUCCCAGAUGGGGGAUUCCAUCUAAAAUCAGCAGUGACAACGGCUCACACUUUGCAAACCAAGCCCUCGAGGAAGUGGGAAAGUUUCUGAACAUUGACAUCAGAAAGCACUGCUCUUACCACCCUCAAAGUGGAGGGGCGGUAGAGAGAGAGAAUGGCACUUUGAAAAACAAACUGGCUAAAUGCUGCUCAGAGACUGGUCUCAAGUGGACUCAGGCCCUUCCCAUUGUGCUCUCAUACAUGAGAAUGAGGAGAAGGAUGAGAACAAACCUCAGCCCGUAUGAGAUUCUAUUUGGUAGACCUCCUAUGAUGGGACUCCACCCUGAGACCGAGACUAGGAUUUUACCACCUACUGAAAUGUGCGAAGACGCAAUGCUACAGUACUGUAAGAACUUAUCCUCUGUUCUGUCCCAAAUCUCUAAACAGGUGAAAGCGGCUCUGCCCAAACAGGCGACAGAACCACUGCACAUCAUUCAACCAGGAGACUGGGUGAUCAUUAAGGAGCUUCGCAGGAAGCACUGGAACUCAAAGCGGUGGCAAGGUCCCUUCCAAGUCCUUCUGACGACCAACACGGCUGUGAAGAUCGCAGAAAGAGCGACUUGGAUCCAUUCCAGCCACUGCAGGAAGGUCCCGGAUCCAACAGACGACCCUCCAUCUCCAUCUACACCACACGAGAAAACCACCACUGACGAAAAGAAUUGAGAAGGACGACCCUCGCUGUGCUCACACACGCACUGAGGCGAGGCUGCGUUGACCAUACAGCUGAAGGUGUGAGCCAAGCGCCGCCUGAAGCUGCACCGGUGAAUCACACUAUCAGACCAUACAUCUACACACACGCUCCUGAGAAAACACACACACAAGCAGCCUUGAGUUGCCGAUGCUGGACGACGUGUAAACUCUUCACAUCACGGGAGUGACAGUGACUCAGACGACAUUGGGAGGAAACCUGGAGGUGAUAACGAAUCCCAGGUGUCUCUGUGAUCAGCUGAUCACAACCUGAAGAACCCCAACGAACUGUCAAGGUGUCAACAAACAGGUUGGGAACAAUCUAACGCUACUAUUCAACAGGAAGAAGAAGACACUGAUUGUGACCCUGUUGCUUUGAUCCUUAUUGUAUGUUACUUUAAUAUUUGCUCUAAAUUGUGUGGUUGAUUUACAUGUAUACCUCUCUGUGAUUUCAUCCACUGUUCUUAAACAAAGCAUUUUAUGCUUCCACUUGAUUCACACUUACACACAAAUUUUUAUCUUCCACUGACACAAAAUGACAUUCACCAGACGAAAAACGAUAAAAAUGAUUGUCAUAUCAACCAUUGCGGUGACAUGUGUGACCCUCCCGUACUUCUGGAGAACUCGCACAUUUGUUCACUAUAGAUCCAAACGCGACAUUAAGGACCCUAAAGCCUGGCAGCUUGCCCAAAACUACGUAAAUCAGAACCCCACAGGGAACUUAUGGUUAGCGUACCUCAAGUACACUUCUAAAACCCUCACAAAUAAUUCAUGUGUAGCAUGUGCUGUCGCCAGACCCGAUCUCAUGGCUGUGCCCACUCCCUUUAACAGCAGUGAGUGUUACAACAAGCGACAACUGCACAAUAAAGACACCGGGUGUAGAUACACUGCGGACCCCAGCAUUCCAAGAUGUGAUCCGUCUUGCAAAAUGCGCGCCUUGCACAAUCUGGGCAAGGGUAUGGAGAUGUACAGUCCCGUCACACAUAAGAAAGUUAAGGUGGCCGACAUCAAGGUAACGAAAAAGGAGCCCGCGGCUCCCUUGUAUUACACGGUGUGUACCACGUGUCACUUUGAAUGCUUCACCUCCAGCCUCGACGGAGGAAUAGAUGUAGGCCACUUUCCCAAUUGUCACCUGACGUGGGACGUCUCCAACGCACACGGACUUAACCCUGAAGACCAUGUGAUCCGGUUUGCGAUUCCAACUCACACCGGUGCUGCCCCUUUACCCUCAUAUACAUAUAGGAUCAAUAAUGUCUCACACGUUGCCCCAUCCUCCACCGACUUAGUCCAGCAAAGGAAGCCCUUGUCCGACAUGUGGUGGCUCUGUGGGGAUCACCCCAGGGCCACCUUACCAACCAAUUGGACCGGCACCUGUACUCAGGUAGUGUUCCUCACAGGGGGAAUACACCUUUUGCCCUCAGCUCCACAGAAACACUCACGCACCAGACGCAGGGCUCCAGGAGGUUCCUUGGAUCCUGACCUUUACAUAGAUGCAAUAGGCGUACCACGAGGAGUGCCGGAGGAGUUUAAGGCUCGCAACGAGCAUGCGGCGGGGUGGACGAGUGCUAUACCCUUUAUGGACCCCAUCAUAGAGGUUAACAAGAAUUCAGCCUGGAUCAACUACCUUUAUUACAAUCAACAGCGUUUCAUCAACAAAACUGCGGGCGGUAUGAGAGGCAUGUCUGGGCAGCUGGCUCCCACGUCUCAGAUGACUUGGCAGAAUAGAAUGGCCCUGGACAUGUUGCUAGCGGGGAAAGGAGGUGUCUGCGUUAUGUUUGGAGAAGCGUGCUGUACUUUUAUCCCCAACAACACUGAUUCUAAUGGUACUGUGACAAAGGCUAUUGAGGGCCUUGAGAGUCUUCGAGACGAAUGGGCUAGAAACUCCGGCGUAGAUCCGUCCCCUUGGCGCUGGCUAGACCAAACUUUUGGAAAAUGGAAAUCAGUUUUUAUGUCGGCAAUAGUCUCGCUUAUCAUCUUCAUGGCCGUGAUCAUGUUGCUUGGUUGUUGUGUUAUUCCUCUAAUUAGGGGUCUCAUCAUGCGCGCGAUAUCAGCGGCGCUUUCGUACCAAAUGACACAAUGCACUACAUUCAGGAAUCCAGAUACCGAUUCACUCAUCGGUUCUGAUGCUGACUCUGUAGAGGAUGAUGUUGACGUUGAUAACGAGGACCACAAAGAUGACUCCGAUGAUGAUGGUAGUGACACGGAGACUGACGCCACAAUAGUUUAAAUCAACAUAUAACCCUCUUCCCAUUUUUGCUUGACUGAACGUGAUCUAAUUGAUUAUAGGCUUAUGUCCCUGUCUUUCCAAAGCUCAUACACAAGGGUUAUUCUAGUAUAACUACCCACAAAAACAGCUCACAAGCUUUUUAUCCCUACGCCAUUUACAUUUUUAUAAACAAUACAUUUAACGAAUCAUUUUUAAAGAAUGCUUUAUUACUACAAAAUGAAUGCCACGAUUGACAAUUUUUAUUCUUUUAAUGUUUGAUUAAUGUGUAAUCAAAAGGGGGGAAAUGUAAUGGAAAAAUUGUACUUUAAUGCUUUUGUGUUCAUUUCUGACUCUGCAUAGUGACCAUGCAUUCUGUACUUGUUGAUUAGACCCAGAACUGAACAUUCUCAGACAGACAAUCUAUCUCCCUCUCAAGGUGACCGAUUGUUCAUGGCCUGAGUCUGCCUUUUAACCCUGGGCUCUGGCUCCUUUCUGUCUGAUGCCUCACCAGACCCAAGGCUGUAGCCUUGUUUAUUCCCUGUGUAAUAUGAACAUCUUCACCCACAGUGUGAUAAGGAGAUUCCACCAGGUCCAGGGAAAAAGGUUAAAAGGCAGAAGCAACUUGAGAAUCGUGGGCUCUUUGCAUUAUACCUUCGUGGUGUGUGCACUGAUCUCCCCAGCUGGUUUUUGGUUUGUUGAUGUGCACGAUCAACAUCCAUGCUUUUUAUUUGCUUUCCCCAUUAUUUUUAUUUUAUCCUUUCUUUAUUAUUUCAAUAAAUCGCACAAAAGGACAA